UUGAAUUGAGGCAUGUAAGUAUAGGUUAAUGCCGUUCAAUGCAUUAAGUGGUUGAUUCACAGCGAAACCAAGUUUGCAAGAGAUUACUGCUGUCUUCAAUGGUUUAAUAAUAAAAUUAAUAAUAAACAAUGAUAUAUACUUAUUGCCAUUCAAAAAAUUGAUGACAAGUCAGAAAUAAAACUGGAAUAAUGAAUAUUUUAAUCAAUAAACAAAACAGUGAUUUUUACAUUGGACUAUCUCUGGCCUUAGUAUCUACUAUAUUCAUUGGAUCUAGUUUUAUUAUAAAGAAAAUUGGUUUACAAAGACUCACACAUAGAGGUUCUUUACGAGCUGGUGCUGGAGGAUUUGGAUACUUAAAGGAAUGGAUAUGGUGGCUUGGCCUCAUUACCAUGGGAAUAGGUGAAUUGGCAAACUUUGGAGCAUAUGCAUUAGCUCCAGCAACAUUAGUAUCACCUUUAGGAGCACUAAGUAUUCUGAUAACAUCAGUUUUAGCAUCAAAGUGCUUAAAUGAAAAGUUAAAUAUUCUAGGAAAGCUAGGUUGUAUUCUAUGCAUCUUGGGAUCAACCAUUAUUGUGAUACAUUCACCAAGAGAGGAGUCAAUAUCGGACGUUGCUUCACUUCUCGAACGUCUUCGGUCCUCAUCAUUUAUAUUUUAUUCACUUGUAGUCAUUUCAUUGUCAGUACUGAUUGCAUUCCAUUUGGGUCCUCUCUAUGGCGAACAAAACGUCGUUGUUUAUUUGCUGCUUUGCGCGAGCAUUGGCAGUCUUACCGUGAUAUUAUGCAAGGGACUUGGACUUGCACUGAAGGAGUCUAUUGACUGGCCAUUCUACGUGUUUUUUGUUCUUAUGUGCUGUUGCCUACUAGUACAGAUGAAUUACUUAAACAAGUCAUUAGAUUUAUUUAAUACGAACAUAGUUACACCGGUAUAUUAUGUUUUCUUUACGAGUUUUGUGAUUAUUGCGUCGUCAAUUGUUUUCAACGAGUGGCACGGCUUGAAAACUGAAGAUAUUUUAGGGAAUUUAUGCGGUUUUACAAUUAUUAUCAUCGCAAUAUUUAUGUUGAACGUUUUCAAAGAUCUAGAUGUGAGCAUGGGGAGUUUAUUUCGCCAGAAAGCGUCUAAAUAUCAUGGCUAUCAAAACGUUUAAACGCUACACUUAGUUCGACGUUCUGCGCCAACAAAUUCUAGUCUUUCGCGUAAACUCAACCGUUUAUGACGUGUCAUCUGUGGCACGAAUUUUAUGUGGGCAGCCAUACCAAAUAACUUACAAACGGUAGCCCCAACCUAGUGCGCAAUUAAGAUGUUACAGCCGUUUGUCAUCAAUUAGAGAUGAAGUCAACUAUAAAAUCCUAUCUUAGUCUCGAAUAUUUUAAAUUCUUAUUUACAAUUGAUCGCUAGCUAGUCAUUCAGAUGUGAAAUUUACGCGUGACUGAAUUUAUUUCGUUUAUUUGCCAAAACAAAUGUGUGUAGGUUUAGAUUAACCCAUUAAUUUGUUUGCUUGCACUGGCUAUGAUGAUGAUGAUGUAGAGUUAAUAUUGUAAAAUGUGCUGACAAAUCUUUGGGUAAAACCAGUUACAAAAAAUACACAAACAACGAUUUGAAAAUUCUGAUUGUAAUAGUCAUCUUCACAAUUUGCAAUUACUCAGCAUGACUAAUAUAAGUGAGUUAUUUAUUUUUCUGCAGCAUAUAUUACACUAUUUAUUUUCUUAGAAGAAAAAAUUAUAAAAGUAUAUAAUAAUCAGUGCUAUGUCACUCCAAAUAAAAUUGUACACAUUUCUACGCAA